AUGCCGUCAAAUCUCUUAGGUGUUUAUGUAGGUUUGCAUUGUUGUGAGAUUGUGGCUUGUGUUGUGAGGUUGUGUCGGGUGCAUAGAGAUGCAUCGGUUGUGAGGUUAAAGCACGGCUAUGCCGCUAAACCUCGAGUGCAUACUAACAUGGUGGCGCUUAAAGGCCCAUGUGUUGAGUAUGGCUCCGGUGUGUUGAGGAUCUGGAUGGCUAUGCCAUCAGAUCUAUUUUGGGGAGGUUCUGGUUGAGGUUUCACCGGUGAAGCAGUGGUGUGUGUAGUGAGGAGUCAAGUACUGGAGUACUUGCAUUUAGGAGCCAAGUACAGGGGUUGUGGUGUACUAACCUCAAUGCAGGUGGAGGCGGGAUUACAAGCCCGCGGCGUUUGUGUUUGGAGUUUAGGGAAUCCCCCUUGUAUAGAGGCUUUGGUCAAGAGGGUCGAGUUCGUGGAACGGGCUGACCUGGGCUCUGAUUUGUUCUUAGUCUGGGAUGGCCUAUUCGGCGAACAUCGACAUUUUGUGGCGCUUUUCGGAACGUCUGUGCCUAGGACGAAUGGUGAAUGCAGUGGAAUGAUGGUAGUGAUGGAAUGCAAGUGUGGUGAGGUGGGAUGGGUGAGAUGCAGAUGGAAUGAGAUGGGAUGGUGUGUUGGGCGGCUUGAGAGGACAUGGGCGAGCGUGGAGAGGUUCUGCUCGGCCAUCAAGUCGCGCCAACUAUGA